GGACUGGAACACAACUGGCCUCGGCUGCAUAAACCCCUUAGAAAACUUCACUGUUUAUGGCAACAGGAGCAGUAUCCCGCUCACCCCCUGUCAAGAUGGCUGGGUUUACAGUUCUUCAGGAUCAUCCAUUGUGACUGAGGUACAAAUGAAUAUUUUCCUCUUCCUCCCCAUCCCCUGGGUUAUCAACUAGUUGAGGGCAGACAAAGGUUAAAUUUAACAGAAGUGCUUUCAUUAAAGAGGAGACUCCUCAUAAUGAAAUAUAUUGACUACUACGGCCUGUUUGAUUGCAUAACAUGCAUUUCAUUUUCUGUUCUGAAGUGCUGUACAGAAUUGUUUGCACUGUUGACGGGCUCUUGCAUUCAACCAGGGUAAAUGGUUCCUUGUGUAAAUUGAGCACAAUCUUAUGCAAAGCUUUAAUUGCAUGAGCACUCCCAUGGAAGAGUGUGUACGUGCAUCUCAAACUUGAUAUGGAAACCAAGAGUAACACAUAAGAUGUGACAUGUGCAGUGAGUUCCACACAAGUGGAUUCCUACACCCACAUGUUGCUCACUGUAGGAUCGUGGCCUACAUCUUAUAGCUUUUGAGGGGAAAAAAAAUUUAAGGUUUAGCCUUGACAAAUGUGAAACACCUUUUAAAUUCAUUAGGUUGGAUCAAAGAUGAUGAGAUUAAAUGGCUACAUAUAGGAAAAAGAUAAUGCACAAUCCUACUAAAAGAGACCCCAUUUAUUAGUCAACCAAAUUUGGAAAUAAAUCACAGAAAAGAAUCCAUGGAUUUCCAAUGUGCUUAAAAUGUAGGCAAAUAUUGGAAAAUAACCAUUACUUCCAAGGGAUAUUUAAAAAAUUGAACACCACUUGUAAUAUCCCAGCUCUUAAACCUAACUUCACAGUAGUGGUAGGAAAAACCUGUAUAAACAGGAUUAAACUAAGUUUGACGAAACUAAGCUAAAAUAUUUUGUACAAUUGCAAGAACCAAUACAAGUAUUUGACAAAAAUCAUAAAAGCUCAAGAUUGUUGAAACUAGAUUUACACCCCCCUCAUGAAGGGCGAUGUAAGAAAAAUUACAGGAUAAUUGAUCUCUCCUAAAAACACACAUAGGCACUUCUUAGAUGGAGAUGCGGUCUCUAAUGUAAUUGGGAUCUAAUCUGUUUGUGGCUUUUCAGAUCAGGGCCAAGGCUUUAAAUUGGCAGCAGAAGCAGUUUGGGAGUCUGUGAUAAAUGAAAGGGGUGGGGUAGCUCUCUUUUAUGGACACCCAGCCAGCCAAUUAGCUAUAAAAUCCCUCUUAGUAGUUGUUCUCUACUUGCUUUACCUGUAAAGGGUUAAAAAGUCUUCCUGCAUAGGUUAAAAAGAAGGGAGUGGGCACCUGGCCAAAAGAGCCAAUGAAAAGGCUAGAACUUUUUAAAAUUGGGGGAAAAAACUUCCACAUUGUUGGUCUGUGGUGGUUCUCUGGGAGAGAAGGGACAGAUCAGCUAUGCUGUAAGAGCUUGGACCAGUUUAACCUGGUGUGUGAGGACUCCUGGAAGGUGGAUCUCUUUCAGUCCUGUGUGAAUGCUGGCUUUUUUUUGGGAUCGGUAUACAUCGGCUACAUAGCAGACAGAUUUGGCCGUAAACUUUGCCUUGUAGUGACAAUCCUUGUAAGUGCCAUCUCUGGAGUUCUUCUGGCCUUUGCCCCAAGCUACCUUUGGAUGGUGAUCUUUCGCUUCCUACAAGGACUGGUCAGCAAGGGCAGCUGGACAGCAGGCUACAUCCUGAUCACAGAAGUUGUUGGCCCAAGCCAUAGGAAGACUGUGGGAAUUCUCUAUCAAGUAGCCUUUACAGUUGGACUCCUCCUCCUCGAUGGUGUUGCUUAUGCUAUUCCUCACUGGAGAUGGCUGCAGCUUGCUGUUACUCUACCGUGCUUCCUCCUCUUGUUCUGUUACUGGUGUCUGCCUGAGUCUCCAAGGUGGCUGAUAUCUCAGAAGCAGAAUGACAAGGCCAUGAAGAUUGUGAACUAUAUUGCCAAAAAGAAUGGGAAAAAGCUGCCUGCCCAUUUUCAGAAUAUUAACCUUGAAGAGGAAGGUGGGGAAAAGCUGAGUCCUUCAUUCAUGGACCUUGUCAGGACACCUCAGAUGCGGAAACACACAUUCAUUUUGAUGUACAACUGGUUGACCAGUGCUCUUCUGUACCAGGGGCUCAUCAUGCACAUGGCAAUGGCUGGUGGGGACAUGUAUCUGGAUUUCUUCUAUUCUGCCCUUGUUGAAUUUCCAGCUGCCUUCAUUAUCAUUCUCACAAUCAAUCGCAUUGGUCGUCGCUAUCCUUGGGCUGUGGCAACUUUGGUGGCAGGCGCUGCCUGUCUCAUUAUGGCUUUAAUCCCCGAAGAUAUUCACUGGCUAAAAGUGACUGUAGGUUGCAUUGGGAGAAUGGGAAUUACAGUGUCUUUUGCAAUGGUUUGCUUUGUAAACACUGAACUGUACCCAACGUUUUUGAGGAACCUUGGUGUAAUGGUCUGCUCUUCCUUGUGUGAUGUUGGUGGGAUACUAGCCCCAUUCAUUGUCUACAGGCUGGCAGAGAUCUGGCACGAGCUGCCACUUAUAGUUUUUGCUGUGGUUGGUUUAAUUGCUGGUGGAUUGGUGGUGUUGCUGCCUGAAACCAAAGGGAAAAUAUUACCUGAGACUAUUGAAGAUGUAGAAAACUUGCAUAGGCAAGAAAAUCCUCGGGAGAAAAUUAUCUACCUCCACGUGCAAACACAGGAAGUUGCACACUAGGGUGACUAGACAGCAAAUGUGAAAAAUCGGCACGGGGGUGGGGGGUAAUAGGAGCCUAUAUAAGAAAAAGACCCAAAAACCGGGACUGUCCCUAUAAAAUCGGGACAUCUGGUCACCCUAUUGCACACUCCAAAUGUGAUCUGUCUUUGGCACAAUAAUACAAAAAGAGUUUGUAAAUAACACACACUGUAGAACCUUGCUUCCUUUUAUGCACCUCUAAUCCCUGGUUCCACAUGCUUAAGAUUUUCUUCUGCUUCAUUGUCCAAAAGGCACAGCAAGCUACCAAGUACCUUCUUCCCUCUUACCAUAUUAUGGUGUAUUUACAUUUUAGGACAGUAGUUUUGAAACUUGGUUGCUAAUCACAUAGACUACACACAUAUCUAUUCAGAUACUUGCACUGCCAUCAUCCCUGUAGUAUCUGAGUACUUAUUAAUACAGAGAUUACUUUAGGGUAUCUCUAUACUGCAAUGAAACCCCAGGGUUAGUAGAACUUGAAUCAGCUGACCCAUGUUAGAGAACUCUGGGCUUGAAUGUCAACACUGGUUGAUUAUUAAUCCUACAUUAAGAUUUUUCUGGGGUUGAACCUGGGCUCUGGCAUGAACACUGCAGCAUGCUGACCCAAGUCAAACCACCAUAUCCCAAAGUCCCUAGUGCCCUCCUGAAAUGUGGCCACUCUCGUCCUUUGCCUAUGAUGCACUGUGGGCAAACUUUACUGCCUACUCUGCAUGCUACAGAAAGUUUAAACGGCUCAUCAACGCAGCCAGCCCAGCAGUCAUUUUGAUCUUUGUGCUCCCAGCUACUGGAGUCAGCAAGAUGGAGGAGGUGGCUUUUGACAAGCUUCUCCUUUUGCCUUCGUUCCUGUGUCAAGAAACGGGCAGAGAUUCCCUGAGGUGCUGGUGGAUAUUUCAGUGGUGUUUUCUGACGCACCAAAGGUACCUGAUGGAUUUCAUGAUGGAGCAGGAGCAGGCAGAGGAAGAAGAGUACCCUGGCUUGGCAGACCUGCAGUGGCAAAUGCUCCUCAGUACAAUCAGCAUAGCUGUUGACGCCCCCUACAUAUACUAGUGCUUUUGAGACAGGGCCACAAAUACAGCCUAGUGGGAUCACAUCUUUAUGGGGACCUGGAAUGACCAGCAGUGGGUCUGGCUUACUCCUACCCUCCAGUGUAGAUGAUGGCACCCUUGUUGGUCCAGGAGCAGGUUGCUAUAAUCAUCUGGAAGUUGGCUACCCCAGACUGCUUCAGUCUGUUGCCAACCAGUCUGGUGUUGGCCUUGGAUAGUGGUUAGUCAAUGGCCUCAGUGCAGUUAGAAACCUCCAUUCUCUCAAAGCCAGCAGUUACCUCAGGAUUAUCUUUAGUACCUGCCACCUUGGAGCAAACCUGAUUGGUGGUGGUGGUUUCUGAGAGACCUGAAGAAGAGCUCUGUGUAAGCUUGAAAGCUUGUCUCUCUCACCAACAAAGAUAUUACCUCACCCACCUUGUCUCUCCAUGUCAAGGUAUCACAGCCAAUCCACUGGCUAAAGUCAGCAGGAAGACAUCUAGUAAUUACUGGUGUCUUCAAGUU